AUGGGAUUGGACAGAUCAUACCUCGAGACUUCUGUGUGGAAGCCAGACCUUUUCAAGGGUAAAGUUGUGUUCGUCACUGGCGGUGCUGGUACUAUCUGUCGUGCACAGGCUGAAGCCUUGAUCCUUUUGGGAGCUAAUGCUGCUAUUGUGGGCAGAAACCAGGCCAACACUGACAAGGCUGCUGCUGAGAUGGCUCAGUUGCGUCCAGGCGCUAAGGUUGUUAGCUGUGCUGGCACAGAUGUGAGACAAUUGCAGUCUCUUGUCAAGGCUGUGGAGAAGACCGUGAGAGAGUUGGGCAAGAUUGACUUUGUCAUUGCCGGUGCUGCUGGUAACUUCUUGUGUGAUUUCAACCACUUGUCCAGUAAUGCUUUUGCUACCGUUGUUGGUAUUGAUUUGCUUGGUUCAUACAACACUGUCAAGGCUUGUUUCGACCAAUUGAGAAAGAACAAGGGCUCGAUUCUUUUCGUGAGUGCUACUUUGCAUUACUACGGUAUCCCAUUCCAGGCCCACGUUGGUGCUGCCAAGGCUGGUGUUGACGCUUUGUCCAACGCUUUGGCUGUUGAGUUGGGUCCUUUGGGUAUCAAGAGUAACUGUGUGGCUCCAGGCCCAAUUGCCGAGACCGAAGGUUUCAAGCGUUUGGUGAGAGAAGAAGCUAACGGCUACGAAAAGUCGAUUCCUAUCCAGAGAUUCGGUACCGUCAAAGACAUUGCUGAUGCUACUGUGUACUUGUUCUCUCCAGCUGCUGACUAUGUGACUGGUACCGUCCAAGUUGUGGAUGGUGGCUCGUGGCACAUGGGCUCCAGAGGCUCUCACCACUUGUACCCACAUGAGGUUGCCAGAUUGAACUCUGAGCUGUUGACCAAACUCUAA